AUGAGAUUCGAAAUCAUUUUCACGUCGGCCCUUGCGGCCUUCAUUCGAUCUGCUGCGGCCGUUGGCGUCACUGGUGCCGCCGAGGGUUUUGCCAAGGGUGUUACUGGAGGUGGCUCAGCCAGUCCUGUCUAUCCCACGACAACUGCUCAGUUAGCUUCCUACCUUUCCGACUCAUCUGCCAGAGUCAUCAUCCUGGACCGAACCUUUGACUUCACUGGCACUGAGGGUACCUCGACCGAGACUGGCUGCGCUCCUUAUGGCACAGCUUCCGCCUGCCAGGUCGCUAUCAACAAGGACAGCUGGUGCAACAACUACCAGCCCAACGCCCCUAAGGUCACCGUCAAAUACGAUAAGGCUGCGUUGAACCCUAUUGUUGUUGGUUCCAACAAGAGUCUUGUCGGCGUCGGCAGCAAGGGUAUUAUCAAGGGCAAGGGUCUUUACAUUGCCAAGGGUGCCAAGAAUGUUAUCAUCCAGAACGUUCACAUCACAACCCUCAACCCUCAAUACGUUUGGGGUGGCGAUGCUAUUGCUCUGGAUAACACUGACCUCGUAUGGAUCGACCACGUCACUACCUCUUUGAUCGGCCGCCAACAUAUUGUUCUUGGCAAUGGCGCCAGCAACCGAGUAACCAUCUCUAACAACAAGAUUGAUGGCGCUACCUCUUGGUCUGCGACUUGCAACGGUUACCACUAUUGGGGUCUUUACUUCACUGGCUCUGCCGAUACCGUUACCUUCAAGAACAACUACAUCUACAAGACGUCCGGCCGUGCCCCUAAGGUCGGUGGAAACACUCUCCUCCACGCUGUCAACAACUACUGGUAUGACAACGCCGGCCACGCUUUCGAGAUUGGUUCCGGUGGCCAGGUCGUUGCUGAAGGCAACAUCUUCCAGAAUGUUGUUGCUCCCAUCGAGACCUCCAGCUUCGCCGGCAAGCUCUUCUCCAGCCCUAGCACUGCUGCCAAUGCUGUCUGCUCUGCCUCUCUCGGCCACACUUGCCAGGUUAACGGCUUUGGAAGCUCUGGCACGCUCUCUGGUAGCGACACCGAUUUCUUGACCAACUUUAAGGGCAAGAAUGUCGCUUCUGCCGCUGCUUACUCGACCACUACUAGCCUCAAGACUAGCGCUGGGUUCGGUACCAUUUAA